UUUGUUUUAUGCAUGCAUGUACUAAACUAGCUACAUGUGAACGUGGCGGACAGAUAAAAAAAUAAUGUAGGAGGAGAUGAAAUGAAAAAUUUACGACGACAAGAGGUGCUUUUUUUUUUUAAGAAAAUAAAUACCGAAAAAAAAAAAAAAGAGUGAAGCCUAGUUGUAGUACAUUUGGGUUAUAAAAUUUUCCACCCUUUCACACUUCAACUUUCUUUUGGGCAGAAAACACGCAUAAAAUCAUUGCAUUAAUUUACACACCUUUUCUUGUUUUUACUUCCCCAUACGCACUGAGCCACUCACUUCAUACACUCAUUCUACAAUAUUAUCUGUCACCACUAAUUCCGGAAAAAAAAACAAGAAAUUGAACUCAAAUAUGGGCUCUGGAGACAAUCUCUUCACUGUUGUGGCAAAGAACAUUGAUGUUCUUGCUAUGCCUCUGGUUUCUCUUGUUUAUCCUCUGUAUUGUUCAGUGAAGGCCAUCGAGACAAAAUCACGCACAGAUGAUCAGCAAUGGCUGACAUAUUGGGUCCUCUACUCUCUCAUCACCUUGUUCGAGCUCACAUUCGCCAAACUUAUCGAGUGGUUUCCCAUUUGGUCUUACGCGAAGCUGGCGGGUGUGUGCUGGCUGGUGCUGCCGCACUUCAACGGCGCCGCCUACGUCUACGAGAAUUUCAUCAGACCUUUCUACAAAAAUCCGCAGAUUAAAAUGUGGUACGUCCCCAGAAAAAAAGAUGUUUUUAGCAAGCCCGAUGAUGUUUUGUCUGCUGCUGAAAAAUAUAUUCAAGAAAAUGGACCUGAGGCUUUUGAAAGGCUCAUUGCCAGGGCUGACAGAGAGGCAAGGACCAGGAGAAGCAGCUACUCCAUCUUCCAUGAUGAUUAUGAGUAUUAAUUCAUGAGUUUUGUUUAAGCUUUCUCUUAAUUCUGACUCUGGUUGUGUGUAUGUGGACUCUGUGUUUUCACCGCCUUUGAUUGUUUGCUGCUAAAUUUUGAGCUGUUGUAGAUCAAUGUUUGUUAUCUUUAUUUAAUGGAAAUAUUUAUGUUGUUUGUUGGUGUGAAA